UUUUCAAUAGCAUCACCACUACGACCAGCAAACUUAAGUGCGAAUCAACAAUGCAGCCCUGAGUAGAUGCCGUUAUAUCGAAGCUUAUUCAGAAUUUAAUAAUGAGUGCUUCUAGACAUACUAUAACUGCUCUUUGCUGUGUUGCUCAGGAUGAUGUUGUGUCGUUGCGAAUUUUAUGUUCACAAGCCCGCAGUUAUCAGCAGAAUAUAGAUGACCUGGACAUGUACGGGAACACCGCAUUAUUAAAAGCUUGCUAUAUGGGAAGAUAUGAGUGCGCUCGCGUUUUGUUGGAUUUUGGGGCUGAUAUUCAUGCUGUCAACUAUUUUGGACAAAAUGCAUUAACUUUGGCAACAUUUGCUGGACAUUUGCCCUUGGUAUCGGAAUUAUUGCGCCACCGCACCUAUAAGGACUUCAAUUUGUCGUCGCUAAUUCCGGCUAUUUGUGUUGCAACAAUGCAACAACAUGCAUCUUUAGAGGAUUAUUUUAGACGUCUGGAGCCGAAAGGUAUCCAAGACCUUCAUACUGUUCAUGGCCAUGGAGUAAAUGAAUUGCGACAAAUGGUAAAUAUGAAAUUUAAAAAAAGACAACCACAGCUAUUUCAGAGAAUAUGAUUAAUAAUAAUAAACAAAUUUAUUUAAUGAAU